UUGGCUGGAGAUGUGGCGGUUGCAAAGCCGCCACCCCACACGUGUUUACUUCUCCAAGUGUCGUUGUGGAUUCUCGAUUUAAGAGAUGAUUUUGCGGGAAAAAUUGAUAAUCAUCGUGAAGUGUGAGUGAUCGUUUGUCAGCAGCGACGCCAAGACGGUUUUUGUGGGUAUUGUCGCCGACUACGUGAAGCGUUUUGACGUCACAUUGAUCUCUGAAUUAAUUGUUAUGCAUUUUCAUCGAUGAUGCGGAAAGCAGAACUCAGAUGACAACCUGAAAUCGUAUUCUAAUGACAAUCGAAAAAGUGUGAUCAGAACGAGCCUAUGUCCUCAUCAUAACGCCUGCAAAUUCUGCAAUGAACUUCCCCAACAACGCCCAAAUGCGCUUCAUUAUGUCAAACAGAUACCGUCUUUUGGAAAGCGGAGGGGGAGGGGGAGGAAGUACAGGUGUGGCUGAUUCCAGCAGGAGGCGAUACGGACAAGGACCAUCCUUUGGACUCCAUUUGUGUGGGGACCAAGUCUCCAGUUUCCUGAAGAGAGCCAGAGGCGUCCUACGGGCGACGGGAAUCACUCUACCCAGGUGGCAAUUGUGGGUGCUGGGCAUUCUUAUCUACUUCUGCCUCGCUGUCGUCCUCGAACCCGUGGCCGAGGAACUCAUGGCCGAGGAGGAGCGGAUGACGCUUUACGAGUGGGUGAAGGAGAACGAAGCUGACCUCAGGAGCGAGUACAAGGAGAGAGUGGAACAAGCUCAUGACAUAUGCAAUAGGUAUGAUGUGUACAUGACGCAACUGGACUAUAUUCGCAGUCAUGGCAACAACCAGGAGGCCAUGCAAUAUUCGGACUGGUUCACUCUAAAGAGGGUGAACUGGAACUACAUGUACUACGUGCCCCAGGAGGACUUCGUGUACUGCAAAGUGCCCAAGAGUGGCUCCACGACGUGGGUCUACAACCUCCUCAAGUUAGCCAAUGUCCCAGAGGAGCAAAUCAGCUCAGAUAUUGGCAUUCACAAACUUCUUAGAGAUUACUAUCCAAAAAUGUCUAGCAGUAAAAUGAAGCAAGCUUUCAAGAAAAGCUUUAAGCUUCUGGUUGUUCGCCAUCCCUUUGAGAGGAUCUUGUCAGCUUACCGGGACAAACUGGAAAAUUACCAGAGGGAUUUGAUGUUCAGAGAUGGCUACUACUACACCAUGUACGGCAAGACCAUCGUGCAGGUGUACAGGGACGAGACGGACCUGUCCUUGAAGAACCGCACGGAGCCCACCUGGACAGAGUUCGUCAGGUACGUGAUUAACACGCCCUAUUCCAAGUUCGACGAGCACUGGAAGCCCAUUUACUCGCUCUGCUCUCCCUGCGUCAUCAAGUACAACGUCAUUGCCAAGAUGGAGACGUUUAGCGAGGAUACCCAAUUCGUCAUUAACCAGCUGGGACUGGAGGACCAACUGCACGUUGAGUGGAUCCACAGAACAGCCAACGACCGCACUUCUGACGUAGCUAAUCUGUACUAUUCGCAGCUAACGCGCCGACAGGUGGACCAGUUGUACGCCAAGUAUAAGCUGGACUUUGAACUGUUUGACUACAACCACGAAGCAUACAGGGAGAUGGCAAAGCAGUGACCAAGUUAUCGUCACAAUACAUAAUAUCGUCAUGAUAUAUAUAUAUAUAUAUAUAUAUAUAUAUAUAUAUAUAUAUAUGCAUAUAUAUAUAUAUAUAUAUAUAUAUAUAUAUAUACUAUAAUCUUUGUUGUUCAUCAGUUACUUUCAUGUUUCAUGUAUCGUCAAGUAUGAAGUAUCUUCAUGUAUCGUCAAGUAUCGUCACGAAAAGCCAUCAUGUAAAGGUUUUUCAUCGAAUUUUAACAUGUAACUCAGUAUUGUUAUGUAUCGUCAAAUCUAGCCAGUUUUUCUUCAACGUACACUAGUAUCGUCUUUGUCCAUUUAAUGUAUCGUGCAUUAAAAAUGAGAACCAGUUGUAUAAUGUUUUCUGUGAAAACAUAAUUAUUAUUAUGUACAUCUACCAUGUCAGUGAUGUGCCAAUGGAGAGCAAUACUAAUUGGAAAUUAUCUCACUGCAGUCAAGACUCAUGUUACGGAACUAGCUCAAAUUAGGUGUAAUGCAGAUUAACAGUAGAAAUUCUUUUUUUUAUAUAAAUUUAAAGUUUAUUCUAGUUGGGUACUUUAUUAUGGUAGUAAUACAAUUAAUUGUAAGGAUGUCAAGGAUUUUUUUUAUCCUUUCUUUUGAUAGAAUAUAUUACCAAAUACUCAUAGGUUUUUUUUUUAUAUACAUUCGUGUAUAAUUGAAGUUACUCCUUUUGCCUCAGAAAUCAGCAACGUGUUGCAUUUCUUAAAGACAAGACGCUGAAUAUGCCACAUUUUAAAACCGGUUUAUAUAAUUUAUCCUUAAAGUUGCAUGUUUAAUGUUUAAGCACCGACUCAAGCAACAAUACCCAAAUAAUACCCCGGUCCUAGAAAAAAAGAUUUAAUGGAUUUCAUCCUCAGAGAGAUGUCACUCACGCCUUUAGAAAAGAGGCAGGUUAUACGAUUCAAGAAAGGCAUGAAAAAUAUGAAAAGUAAAUAAACCGGGUUCAACCUUGAUUCCAUAACGUGCUCGAAAACUUUAAUUUAUCUACUUCAAUCUUCCCUCACAGCUGGUUUUACUGUCAUAACAGAGUGCCCAACCAAAGUGAAAAUUUUUAUAUUUUCUAGGAAACUCCACCAUAAAAAUGUUUAUUACUAAAGGCAUUGUAAAUCUGUGAUGUAUUGUAUAUAAAUGCAGAGUGAUGUGGAAGCAAGAGAUGUGUUUUUUUGUUUUAUAUAUGUCAUAAAUAGUCUUAGUUAUAUAAGUACUGUUAAUCUAAGGUAGUUUCAUUUAUUUGAAUAUAUUUAUAGGACCAAUUAUUUUAAGUGAAAAAAGUAUAUAUGUAAGCUUCUAUUUCUCCUCACUAAGUUCAUUUGAUAUUGAACUUAGCAGAUUUUCUAUAAAAUAUAAAUAACGAUAUUGUCCACUUUAAAUUCAAAUACAAUGGAAUUUUACCAAGUCUCCUUAUAUUCAAACUUGAAUUUUAUUUUGAGCAGUGGAUAGUUGAUUAAAAAUAACUUUUAAAUAGUGAUCAGUUUUGCUUACAGGAGACAAAUCUCCAAGUCUUUAAAAUUAGAGCUUUGUCAAGUCAAUUCAAUUAUGGGAUUAGCUCCACAAAGAAGAUAAAAAUAAAUUUCUAUUAAGGAUACUUUAAAAAAAAAAGUUGAUGUAACAUUAAAGGCAAGAUUCAAAUUACUCAUUUUGUUAAAACAAAACUUCUUCAGAAUACGAAGAGGUUCAGUAAUGCUCGUAUUAAAUGGUCUUUUGAAAAGUAUCUAUACAAGUAAGUGAAAAGAAUAUUACCAUGAAUA